UGCUGACUCACACGCCACUCCCACAACCACCCAGAGUGGGUAUAAAUCCCCACUGGAGGCCAGCAGAGCCUGCCGUCCUCCCGGCGCCCGAGCACGAGGAAUGGCCUUCCCCAGGGCCCUGCAGCUGCUGCUCACCACGGCCUUGACCGUGAGCUUGGGCGAGGCCUUAAGGUGCUUCACCUGUGAGCAGCCCACGGCCCUUCCCUUGUGCAAGAACAUUACUCACUGCAAGCCAGAGGAGACAGCCUGCAAGACCUCGCUGCUGACGGUGGAAUCAGAGUUCCCCUUCCACCAGGACCCUGUGGUGAUCAGCUCCUGCUCCAGCUUCUGUGAGCCCACUGACCCAGACAGCAUCGGGGCUGCCCGGCCCAUCUCCUGCUGCUCCCAUGACCUCUGCAAUUCCGUGGGGGUUGCCAGGCUCAGUGCUGGGGCCCUGGCCACUCUGGGGGCUGUACUCCUCGGCCACCUCCUUUCCUGAAGAGCCUGGCGUGCCCCCACGGCCCGAGCUCACUGGGCCUCCGGUUACUCACGGGACCCUAGGAGAAAGAACCGCCUGGGGGCACUCACUGUCCCAAACUUACAGAAAAUAAAUAAGCUGAGGCUGGAGACAA